GAUGACCCACCUGCAUCCCACAGGAGCGAGCGAGCACUGCGUCCCCUUCCCGCCGCAGCGCGAAGGGGAGCGGCCCCGGAGAGACGACUUCCUGAGCGUGGCCACGGACGUCCCGAGCCUCUUCUCGAUCGGCUGCCCAGGAACGCCGUGUGGACUCUGCAUCGGACUAAACUGCGGCAACCCAGAUCUUUCCGAACAAGACUGCCGUCCACACCUCCUGUACAGUCUGUCUCUUCCUCUCGAUUCACCGAACGUUACCAUCUCUUGGCGUCCGGAAGGGGCUGAGAUCCUGGCUUUGGAUUCGAAGAGCAAAAGAAGGAUCGUCCUCGUGCCCAAGAAUGAGAGGUAUCGGACGCAUAGGAUCAACGUCAAGGUGGAGGGCCAAGAUGUGCGCGUGGCUAUCCCAAGCCUUAAGAAAAGCGUCAUCAUGCAAGACACUGCAAAGGCGAAUGCAAUGCUGCUGCUGGAGACCGCCCAACGGCCCAGCAGCUGGAUUCUGCGCUGCGAUGAUGCAACAGCAGUAAUGGCUGAAAAUAAUCCAGGAUGGUCUACUAAUGUUAGCUCGGGUAAUCUACCAGAAGACUUUGGUUUGUCGAAAAAUACUGCAACUGCAACAGGAAAGAAGAUGAUUUCUGUCUUGAAAAAUGUUAGCCUUCAACCCUACGACAUCUUGAAAGCUGUUGAUGCCAUCGAGACGCUGGGAAAUGAAUUUCAAAAGGAAUUGGAAAAGAAAUCUCAAUAUGAAUUGGCUCGUGGCACGACUGGCGACGCACUGAAACUGGCUAAGGAGUACAUGGAUGACAUUAUCGAGGUGACAGGAAAGGUGCUAGAGAAGCCGCGUCCCUGGCGGAAGCUGACGAGGGCUGACACUGGGCGAGCGUCAGGAAAAGUGCAGGACGCAGUUGCCUCAGCAGCUGUCCAGGUCGUGGGAUUACUCAGCAACAGGACAGAGGACUUCAAGAAGGAAAAUUUGCACGUACGCAUAUCCAGCCGCCCCGCGAACGACUACGACAUCGCGACCCGCAGCUACGACCACCUCUACUACCCCAACACGUCCAUCGUACUCCCUGAGCGGUUCUAUCGCGGGUACGUCGAGGAGGAUCGCAACGUGCGGGUCGUCUUCAUGUCCUACACGACCCUGCACAGCGUCACCAACACCAUACCGCUCGACCCUAAACAGGCUUCCCCCGAAGUCUUUCCAGCCAAAGGUCAGGUCAACAGCGGAAUCAUCAAUGCCAUUGUUGGGCGGAAGGGACACUGGCGCGCAGCCGGCGACGAAGCAACAGAGGUGAAAUUCGGCCACGUUUACAAUGGCGACGGCUUCCUUCUCGACAACGCCAGCUGUGUGUGGUGGGAUGAGGCCGCCCACGCCUGGAACACGAGUGGGUGCGCCCUUCACUAUACUGACGCCCACGUGACCAUCUGCCGCUGCACCCACCUGACGUCCCUCGCUCUCCUCAUGGACGUGCGAGGAUUCCUGGCGGAGGAAGGCGUCAGGGAGAGCCCCGCCUACCUCGCCGUCAAGUGGCUCACCCUCGUCGGCUGCAGCGCCUCCGCCUUCUGCCUCGUCCUCUGCAUCGUCUGCAUCCUCGCCCUCAAACAGCUGCGGGAAACCACCUGCUGGAAGACCCGGUGCCAGCUGUGCGCGAGUCUCCUGUUGGUGCAGCUGCUCGUGCUGACGGGCCUCGAGGCCACGGAGCAACGGUGGCUGUGUCUGCUCGUCGCGGCGGCCCUUCACUUCGCCCUGCUGUCGGCGUUCACGUGGGGCGCCGUCGAGUCCUUCAACAUGUACCUGAAGUUCGGCAGGGUAUGGCGCACGCAGAGGUCGUUGUUCAAGUUCUAUGUGGGAGUUGGUUACGGGUUUCCUGCCGUGGUGGUUUCGACGACCCUGGCUAUCACGAAGACCGAGGGUUAUUAUACUGAGACUGCAUGCUGGCUGGCUCCCGGGCCAAUGCUGUGGGCAUUUGUCGGCAUCUUGGCACUGAUCCUCGCUAUCAACCUCCUCGCCUUCGUGAUGGUGAUGCGCCUGGUCAUAACGGAAGUGAUGAAGAGCAAGAGUCAUCACCCAGCUGGCAGUGACACCAGGGGGCUGACGGACCGAAUCUGGGGCUCGCUCACCAUCUUUCUCGUCCUCGGUCUCACGUGGCUGACGGGCCUUCUCUACGUGGCUUCUGGAUCGAGCGCCCUGGCCGUCGUCUUCACUCUGACCAACUGCUUCCAGGGCGUCUGGCUCUUCGUCUUCGGCAUCGUCAUGAACAGGAGGAUCCGAGAAGACGCUCUGCGCCUCGUGGUCAGUUGGCGACAAGGCAGCGACGGCUUGGGACCCUCGAUCAGAUUCACAACCUCAAACACGAUGGAUUCUCAGAUAGACAGCGAGAAAUGAACGGUCUUGACUCACUUACUCAUGCCUUCAAGUGGCGGAUUCAAGGAGCACCAAAGAGGGAGGGAGAGGCUUACCUUGCCGGGGAGAAAGAGGGAGUUGCAGAUCUUUUUAUAAUAAUGUUUUGGCUCCUGAAAAAAGAAAGGAAAAAAAGUGCAUUUUUUUUUGUAAUGCUAUGAUUUGGAUAUUAUGGUUUGUCUUAUCGUUCCAGGAUCAUUUCUAGCCUUAUCUGAUUU